AUGGGUAAUAAACAACUAUUGCUUAAGUUAACGGAAGUAAAUGGAGCGAAUAGCCGCUGCGCUGGAAAAUCACCUGAAGGAACACUUCAGGCUAUUGGGAUUCAUCAGAUAAAUGUUAACGAUCAAUUAAAAGCAUGCGAAUAUCCAACACAAAUCACAAAAAUCUGUCGAAAAUUAGUGGAGUUUGUAUAUUCAAAUGUUAAUCGACGUGUUACAAUGAAUAUCUCAUCAAUCCUAAAUGCACAACUUGAAGCUAUUCAUGAAUAUGCAUGGCUUGUACAUGCUAAUCAAUCACAAACAUCAAUUUCUCCUGUGAACAAACGCAAUCGGCAAUGUUUUCUCAGUUGA